ACUCACACACUAAACUACGAGAGGGAGGAGUUAGAAAGCCACAGAGCCGUGUACGUCGGCGUCCAUGUUCCUCUUGGUAGGGAGAGCAAGCGCCGGCAUCGCCACCGAGGACACAGACACCACCGAAAGAAGAAAGAGAAAGACUCAGAGGAGGGGAAGGACGAUGGCAGAGAAUCCCCGACUUAUGAUACCCCCUCCCAGCGGGUCCAGUUCAUUCUGGGGACGGAGGAUGAUGACCUGGAGCAUGUCCCCCAUGACCUCUUCACUGAGCUAGACGAGUUGUCCUUCAGAGACGGCAGUGCAACUGAGUGGAAGGAAACUGCCAGAUGGCUGAAGUUUGAGGAGGAUGUAGAAGAUGGCGGUGAGCGGUGGAGUAAACCUUAUGUGGCUACGCUGUCACUACACAGCUUAUUCGAACUACGCAGCUGCAUACUCAAUGGCACAGUCAUGCUGGAUAUGAGAGCCAACAGUAUUGAGGAAAUUGCUGACAUGGUUAUAGACAGCAUGGUGGCUUCAGGCCAGUUGAAAGAGGACCUACGUGACAAGGUGCGGGAAGCCAUGCUGAAGAAACACCACCACCAGAAUGAGAGGAAGCUCAGCAAUCGCAUCCCUCUGGUGCGCUCCAUUGCUGACAUAGGCAAGAAACAUUCUGACCCACUCUUGCUUGAAAAAAAUGGACCACUGGUGUCUCCAAACUCUGUCCCAAACAACCUGGAUGGCAACAAGGCAGUGGAGAGGAGGCCGUCCAAAGUAGGGGUCAGUAGAGAAAGCAGCAGUGUCGACUUCAGCAAGGUGGACAUGAAUUUCAUGAAGAAGAUCCCUCCCGGUGCUGAAGCCUCCAAUGUACUGGUGGGCGAGGUGGACUUCCUGGAGAAGCCCAUAAUUGCCUUUGUACGGCUCUCGCCUGCGGUCCUUAUUACUGGCCUCACUGAGGUGCCUGUGCCCACAAGGUUUCUUUUCCUGCUGUUGGGUCCUCAUGGCAAAGGUCCUACAUACCAUGAGAUUGGCAGAUCCAUGGCCACGCUGAUGACAGAUGAGAUUUUCCAUGACGUGGCAUACAAGGCCAAAGACAGAACUGAUCUCCUUUCUGGGAUAGAUGAGUUCCUUGAUCAGGUAACUGUGCUGCCUCCAGGAGAAUGGGAUCCCACGAUCCGGAUUGAACCCCCCAAGAACGUCCCAUCGCAGAUGAAGAGGAAGAGACCAUCCCAGCUCAAUGGUACUGCAUCUCCAUCUGGGGAGCUAGAAAAGGAGGAUGACCAUCACGCAGGCCCUGAGCUGCAGAGGACUGGAAGGUUAUUUGGAGGUCUGAUCCUUGACGUCAAGCGCAAGGCUCCCUUCUACUGGAGCGACAUCAGAGACUCUCUGAGUCUGCAGUGCCUCGCCUCCAUUCUCUUCCUCUACUGCGCCUGCAUGUCUCCUGUCAUCACAUUCGGAGGUUUGCUCGGCGAGGCAACAAAAGGCAACAUAAGUGCCAUAGAGUCUCUAUUUGGGGCAUCACUGACAGGAGUGGCGUACUCCCUCUUUGCAGGCCAGCCCCUCACUAUUCUUGGCAGCACAGGGCCUGUUUUAGUGUUUGAGAAGAUCCUCUUCAAGUUCUGCAAUGACUACGGCCUGUCCUACCUGUCUCUGCGGACCAGUAUCGGUCUUUGGACAGCCUUCCUUUGUAUUGUCCUGGUGGCCACAGACGCCAGCUCCCUGGUCUGCUACAUCACACGGUUCACAGAGGAGGCCUUCGCUGCACUUAUCUGCAUCAUCUUCAUCUACGAGGCCCUCGAGAAACUCUUCCACCUGGGAGAACACUACCCUGUUAACAUGCACAACGACCUGGACAACCUUACCCUGUAUUCGUGUCAGUGUUCUGCUCCAGUCAAUGCCUCCCAAAAAGUAAUGCAGGUGUGGAACCAGUCAGGAUACAGCCCAGAAUCCAUCCCAUGGAGCAGCCUCAAUGUUUCGACGUGUAAGAUGCUCCAUGGUGAGUUCAUGGGUCCGGCCUGUGGUCACCACGGACCCUACAUCCCAGACGUUCUUUUCUGGUCCAUCAUCCUCUUCUUCACCACUUUCUUCCUGUCCUCAUUCCUCAAGCAGUUCAAGACUGAGAGAUACUUCCCCACAAAGAUACGUUCCACCAUCAGUGACUUUGCUGUGUUUAUAACAAUCAUGAUCAUGGUGGUGGUGGACUAUCUAAUGGGGAUCCCCUCUCCUAAACUCAAUGUUCCAGACCGCUUUGAGCCAACGUCAAAGAACAGAGGCUGGCUCAUGGACCCACUGGGAGGAAACCCCUGGUGGACGCUGCUGGUGGCUGCACUUCCUGCACUGCUCUGCACCAUCCUCAUAUUUAUGGACCAGCAGAUUACUGCCGUCAUCAUCAACCGCAAGGAGCACAAACUCAAGAAAGGCUGUGGCUACCACCUGGACCUGUUGGUGGUGUCGGUAAUGCUGGGUAUUUGCUCCAUCAUGGGUCUGCCGUGGUUUGUGGCUGCUACCGUCCUCUCCAUCUCCCAUGUCAACAGCCUGAAGGUGGAGUCCGGCUGCUCGGCUCCGGGGGAACAGCCAAAAUUUCUGGGGAUCCGGGAGCAGCGGGUCACUGGGUUUAUGAUCUUUGUGCUCAUGGGUUGUUCUGUUUUCAUGACUUCAGUGCUCAAGUUCAUUCCCAUGCCAGUACUGUAUGGAGUCUUUCUCUACAUGGGCGUCUCUUCCCUCAAAGGCAUUCAAUUCUUUGACAGGAUCAAGUUAUUUGGAAUGCCUGCCAAGCAUCAGCCUGAUCUGAUCUAUUUGCGCUAUGUGCCGCUGUGGAAGGUCCACAUCUUCACGCUGGUGCAGCUCACCUGUCUGGUGCUGCUGUGGGUCAUUAAGGCCUCAGCAGCAGCUGUUGUGUUCCCCAUGAUGGUUCUGGCACUAGUAUUUGUCCGGAAGCUUCUAGACUUUUUCUUUACAAAAAGAGAGCUGAGCUGGCUGGACGACUUGAUACCAGAAAGCAAGAAGAAAAAAGAGGAUGACAAGAAGAAGAAAGCACGUGAAGAGCUGGAGGAAGAGUCCAGAAAACAGGAGGAAGAGAUGGGGCUGAAGGUCAGUUACGAAAACCCAAAUCGGCUCAACAUCCCAGUGAAAACCCUCUCAGGGAGUUCUGUGUCUGACCCCUUGGUUGUAAAUAUCUCUGAUGAAAUGGCUAAAAGUGCGGCGUGGAAAGCAGUAAACUCAAGUGCAGACUCAUGUGUCCAACCUGUGAGACGUAGCAGAAGUCAGGAGAAGGUGGCGUGCGUUAGAGUGGACGUCAGCCCAGACACACCAGGAGGAGGUUCCACAGCAGAGACCUUCCUGUGAUGAAGGGGGAGGGGGUCCUUCUUUCCCUCCAGAUACCUUCGUCCCACACAACACUUUACCCUGACAGGCACUGUCCUAGUGGGAGAAGGAGCAUAGAAGUGGAGAAGCACAACCCGCCUGCAGAGCUCCUCCCUCCAGGACGACAGGCGACUUCCCCCGGGGGCUGAGUCCAAUCAUGUCCUAAACGUACAGCGCGAACACAAACGCCUGCCGCGAUAUAUCGUGCACAUCUCCGGGGAAACAUGGAUUAUUUGUUUGCUCUUACUGCCCACCGACGCUCACUGUUUGGGAAACUGUCUCCAUUUAGCAAUUUUUUUUGAAAACACCCAUAGAAACCUCCGAUGCCAAAGGUAAGGGCCUCACUGGUGGGGAUCUUGGACUGUUUGAGUCAAAUUCUACUUUUAUCCCGCUGUAUAUUUUCAUUUCAGUUUUUCUGUUUUUUCCAAUCACUGUACUGUACUUUUUUUUUUUUUUUUUUGUCAUGCCUCAUCGUUUUGUCCUCACUUAACAACACCAGCUCCAAAAUCCAUUCGAGUAAAGCCAUUCAGGUACUGCCGGUGUCAGCUGGUUAUUUUUCAUAUUACGUCUGGCACGAUAAAGACACAAACCAAAACAGAGGUACUGAUACAUACAGAUAGAUGUUACUUCAACUAGUACUACACCACACUACUACUGCGCUCCUUUUUACUGGAUUUCCUUUGAAUCCGUCUCCUGUCACGAGGGGGGUCACUCAGUAUUACUGUUAUUGCUGCUCAGAAGUUCAGUUAUUUUCACUGUAAACCUCACUGUCCAUAUGUGCUGUUACAGAAAUAUCAUUGUAUGUAUGUAUGUAUGUACACUGUGUUGUUUUGAUUUGUAACAUUAUAGAAACCUACUUCAGAGGCCAUAUAAAGUCUGUACUGUACAGUAAGCACUUUGCGUUUGCCAGUAUAGUUUCUUACCUAAAAUGAAAUAUAUAGCGUGUUAAUACAAAAGUUAAUUCUUUUUCCCAAAGUAUUUAUGGAGCUCUUGUUCAAAUGUCGAUUAAAACUCAGGAAUCUCGAAGGAUUUCUGGCCGUCACUCAAUAUUUUUGUCACAAGGCAGUGAUAAUUAACUGUUCACUGUAUUCCUUUCAUCGCUAUUUUAAUAAGAAAUACUGUAAAUCACAAACUAUAACAGGGUGCGUAAUAGAAAAAUAAAAAAAAUAGGAGAAUACCUGCACCUGUUUUUAUACUGUCUGUAUUAUUGUUGGUAAUUGUAUGUGCGUGUGAUGUAAAGAAAAUUUGUUUAGCAUUGCAAAUCAUUUUAUGCAAAAUAUUUCUACAGUAAAUGUAAAAAAAAAAAUGGUUAUAUUCUAUGAAGUUGUUCUUAUUUUGCUACGUGCAGUCCUGUUUUAGCAAUAAGUAUUCCAUACUGUGCACUGUAUGGAUCCAUGACUCUAGCUAAUGUUCAGGCAAUGAUGAUUUGUAUUUUUAUUUUUAUUUGUGAAAGGAUUUCGUGUCUGUUUCAUCGGCUCCGUCUGUUGUGUAGCUACUGUGACUAUACGGACAUUAGCUUAUGUGCCUUGUCAAAGCUCUUAAUGUGCAAGUCUUGUACUGAUAAUUUAAGUGUCCAGAGCGUAUGUACAGGUCGACACGUGGCAUGACAACGCCAAAGACAGACCGUCACUCUGAGGCUUAUGUCUGUUGUGGUGUUUUCUUCUGCGUCUGUGUGUAACCUGAACAACCGACUGAAACCAUGUAACUGGAUUUACCUUCAAUUUACAAAUGUAACUCUAAAUACUGUUUGUGUGUGUUCUACUGUCACAUCGCUAGUAUUUGCUCACCACAUAAAAGCUCUGUAAUCAAUCUUGAGGUACUUCUUGAAAUGAAUGUCACCCUAAUCUACAAUCGACCCAACUUUAAUCUCCAUUACCUGCAUUUUUGAAGGUUAUGUUCCCAUUUGGCAGUAAAACAGAACUUAGCUCUAAAUGUUAGUGAACCCACAAUGAUAAAUUUACCCCCCCCCCCCCCCCCCCCAUUAUGUCGCCCCUUCUUUUAAUACUUGAUCAAAUGUGCACUUAUAAAAACUAAUUAUCGACAACAGAAAGGUGGAGUUUGUAACCUCCAUCUUCACUGACAAGGAUAUUUAUUUUUGUUUUAUUUGUGAAGCACAUAGCAUCCUGUUGUUCGCUUGAAUGAUGACUUUUUGUCAUGGCCGACCGGUGCAAAGCAAUAAAGGUGUACACAUGGUGA